AGCCAUCACAAUCACAAUCACAAGCAAACAAAACAAAACUACCAAAGUUUUCCUAAGAAAAAUUCUACAAAACUUUAUUCUCUCCACUUCUGUCUAACACUUGAAAAGGGUGUGAUCAACAACAACAGCAAAGAAAGACCCUUUUGGGUAUUAGAGAGAGACAAUGAAAAUGAUCCUAUAAGUGAAAGGUGAAAGCAUGCUUUGUCGGCCAUUAAAACUUCACCCCUAAAAAAGGUUGAUCCUUUGCACUCAUUCUUUCAUUCCCUUAUGCCAAACCCCACAAACAGAGAAAAGCCACAAAUAUUGCCACCCCAGGAGGAUGAUGGAUAUUCAUUUUCUGAUUCAUUGAACCUUGAGUCUUGCUUCUUUCUCUCAAUCCCUGCUAAAAAGGGGUUUGGAUUUUUCUCCUCAAAAUCUUGGCUUUUGCUGUUUCAGAUCGAAGAUCCCCACUUUUCAUUCCAAAAGGCAACGUGGGUAUAUUCUAUUUUUGGCUAGUUUCAUUAACUUCAUGGUUCUUCUCAAUUUUCAUUCACAAGGAGUUGUUGAUCCCAAGUGGUGGACCUGCUCCGUUUGUUAUUUUCUCCUUUUUGAUAAGUGAUGGUGGUCUUUGAAUGAAAGGUCUUGAAUAUUAGGAUGGCUGGGGAUAUCAAGGAGGGAAGAAUUUUGGCAAAAGCGUAUUAUGUUAUUUUGCUGCUAUUGGCUUUACUUUUUUGUAGCACUGAGGGGUUGAACACUGAGGGGCAAAUCCUCCUAGAGCUUAAGAAGGGACUUCAUGACAAAUCUAAUGUUUUGGGAAAUUGGAGGUCUAAUGAUGAAACUCCAUGUGGAUGGAUAGGUGUAAAUUGCGCUCAUGAUAGUAAUAACAAUUCUGUGGUUGUGUCUCUUAAUUUGAGUUCAAUGAAUCUUUCUGGAACUCUAGACGCUGCUAGCAUUGGGAGUCUGAUCCAUCUAACUAAUCUUGAUCUUUCUUUCAAUGAGCUGACUGGAAAUAUCCCCAAGGAGAUUGGUGAGUGCUUGAAUUUGAAAUAUCUUUAUUUGAACAACAAUCAGUUUGAGGGGCCAAUUCCUGCUGAAUUGGGUAAGCUGUCUGUUUUGAAAAGUUUGAAUAUUUACAACAACAAACUCUCUGGUGAGAUUCCAGUUGAGUUUGGAAACUUAUCUUCAUUGGUUGAGUUAGUGGCCUAUAGCAACUUUCUUGUUGGACCCCUGCCUAAUUCCAUUGGAAAUCUUAAGAAUCUUGUAAAUUUCAGAGCUGGGGCAAAUAACAUUACCGGUAGCUUGCCAAAGGAAAUUAGUGGAUGUAAGAGCUUAAUGCGUCUUGGUCUUGCACAAAAUCAGAUAGGAGGGGAGAUUCCAAGUGAGAUUGGGAUGCUUAACAGAUUGAAAGAACUAGUUUUAUGGGGAAACCAGUUGACAGGACCUAUUCCAAAAGAGAUUGGUAAUUGUACUAGUCUUGAGAACAUUGCUUUAUAUGGGAAUAAUCUUGUUGGACCUUUACCUAAGGAAAUUGGGAACCUGAAAUCAUUGAGGUGGCUUUAUCUUUAUAGAAAUAAGUUGAAUGGAACCAUUCCAAGGGAAAUUGGAAAUCUUUCUUCGUGUUUAAGCAUUGAUUUCUCAGAGAACACUUUAGUAGGUGGUAUCCCUUCAGAGAUUGGCAAAAUAAGUGGUCUAAGUUUGCUCUUUCUCUUUGAGAACCAUCUAACUGGUGUUAUACCAAAUGAGUUUAGUAGCCUGAAGAACCUGUCAAAGCUGGACCUGUCUAUAAAUAAUCUCACAGGUCCAAUUCCAUUUGGCUUCCAAUAUUUGACUAAAAUGUAUCAGUUGCAACUUUUUGACAACUCCCUAAGUGGCAUUAUUCCUCAGGGACUUGGACUUCGUAGUCCUCUUUGGGUGGUUGAUUUUUCUGACAACAACUUGACAGGAAGAAUACCUCCUCAUCUAUGUCGAGAUUCUCACUUGAUGUUGUUGAAUCUGGCAUCUAAUCAGCUAUAUGGAAAUAUUCCAACAGGGAUACUGAACUGUAAAUCAUUGGCACAGGUUUUGUUACUUGGAAACAGGCUUACUGGCAGCUUCCCUUUAGAAUUGUGUAAGCUGGAGAACUUGACUGCCAUUGAUUUGAAUGAGAACAGGUUCAGUGGUCCACUUCCUGCUGAUAUUGGAAGCUGCCACAAAUUGCAACGGCUUCAUAUUGCAAACAAUUACUUCACAUUGGAGUUGCCUAAGGAAAUAGGAAAUCUCUCUCAAUUGGUGACAUUUAAUGUUUCAUCAAAUCUUUUCACUGGAAGUAUCCCUCGUGAAAUUUUUUCGUGUCAAAGGCUACAGCGGCUUGAUCUCAGUCAGAAUAACUUCUCUGGUUCCUUGCCUGAUGAGCUUGGAACACUUCAGCACUUGGAGAUUCUCAAGCUCUCAGAGAAUAAGCUUUCUGGAUAUAUUCCUUCAGCAUUAGGCAACCUGUCUCAUUUGAACUGGUUGUUGAUGGAUGGCAAUUAUUUUUUUGGCGAAAUACCUCCCCACUUAGGUUCUCUUUCAAGCUUGCAAAUUGCAAUGGAUCUCAGUUACAAUAACCUUUCUGGAAGAAUACCAGUUCAGCUUGGCAAUCUCAACAUGCUUGAAUAUCUCUUUCUCAAUAACAACAAUUUAGAUGGUGAAAUUCCCAGCACAUUUGAAGAACUUUCAAGCUUGUUGGGGUGCAAUUUCUCAUACAAUAACCUCUCUGGACCUAUUCCUUCCACUAAAAUUUUCCAAAGUAUGGAUGUAAGCAGCUUCAUUGGUGGUAACAAAGGCCUCUGUGGUGCACCUCUCGGUGACUGCAACACCAAUCCAGCUUCUCACUCUGAUUCUCCAGGGAAAAGUUUUGAUUCUCCUCGAGCUAAAAUAGUCAUGAUCAUUGCAGCUUCUGUUGGAGGUGUUUCACUCAUUUUCAUCCUAGUUAUUUUGCAUUUUAUGAGACGUCCUCGCGAGUCAAUUGAUUCCUUUGAAGGCACUGAGCCUCCCUCCCCAGAUUCAGAUAUCUAUUUCCCUCCAAAGGAAGGCUUCACAUUCCAAGAUCUAGUUGAAGCUACAAAAAGAUUUGAUGAAAGCUAUGUUAUUGGUAAGGGAGCAUGUGGAACUGUUUAUAAGGCAGUGAUGAAAUCUGGUAAGAUCAUUGCUGUGAAGAAGUUAGCAUCUAACAGGGAAGGGAACAACAUUGAGACUAGUUUCAGGGCUGAAAUAUCGACUUUGGGAAGGAUAAGGCAUCGGAAUAUAGUAAAAUUGUAUGGCUUUUGCUAUCACCAGGGUUCCAACCUUCUGCUCUAUGAGUACAUGGAAAGAGGAAGCUUAGGUGAACUAUUGCAUGGUUCUGCAAGUAGUUUGGAGUGGCCAACUCGGUUCAUGAUUGCUCUUGGAGCUGCUGAGGGUCUUGCCUACUUGCAUCAUGACUGCAAACCCAAGAUUAUUCACCGUGAUAUAAAAUCUAACAACAUUCUGCUGGAUGAAAAUUUUGAGGCCCAUGUUGGUGAUUUUGGUUUGGCCAAAGUGAUUGACAUGCCACAGUCAAAAUCAAUGUCUGCUGUUGCUGGAUCUUAUGGCUAUAUUGCUCCUGAAUAUGCAUAUACCAUGAAGGUGACAGAAAAGUGUGACAUUUAUAGUUAUGGUGUUGUGCUCUUGGAGUUGCUAACGGGAAGGACUCCAGUUCAGCCCCUAGAGCAAGGAGGUGAUCUUGUCACAUGGGUGAGAACCCAUAUCCGGGACCACAACUACAAAUUGACACCAGGGAUACUCGAUAGUCGUGUCGAUCUGGAAGACCAAACCACCAUGAAUCACAUGCUCACUGUUUUGAAGCUUGCUUUACUAUGCACAAGUGUGUCUCCUACUAAGAGGCCAUCAAUGCGGGAAGUAGUGAUGAUGCUUAUUGAGUCGAAUGAGCGAGAAGGGAACUUAACACUCACUCAAACAUACCAUGAUCUUCCUUCCAGAGAUGGCAUGUGAAGAAAGUAUGCAACAUCUCUUGACAUUUUGUUAACAAACAUGAAAAUUUUUUCUGCUCAUUUUUCCUUUCCACAAGAGAAAAUAGGAGAUGAUUCUUGUACAUUCUUUCCCUCCAUUAUAUGCCACUAGACUUAAAUGUUUUACCCUAUAGCAUUCUUUAUCAUUAAUUUCACGUCUCUGUAUUUUGUCUUGGAAUUCAGUAUAUAUAUAGUGACUUUAUUGUACAGUUGGGAAUUACCAUUGAAUGUGUAUCAUGGAGGUUAAUUAAUAUAUAUUUGAGUUGUUCAUAUAACA